CACUAGUACGAGAGGAUUGGCCGUGUCUCGGUUUGGGAAAGACCUUCGAUUGAAAUUUGAAAGAACUAAUCAGUGCCAAAGACGGCGUCGUUCGUUGCAGAUUCUUCCUGUCCCUAUACCGAACCCCACUUUUCUUCUGCUGUAAGAACAAAAUGGGAAAUUGCAAAUCUAAAGAAACUAGCUUUAGAAUUUAAAACCUUUUUCCGCUUUCGCAUAAACUUCAAAACCUAGCUGAUAUUUAUUCACAUAUCAAAGCAAAAGCAGAACAAGCAAGCAUAGGGCUGAGACUCCGGUUCCAAACUCUCGGUCAAAAAAUGGCCUCCGCCGCCGCCUCGUCUGCCGCCACGGUGUUCAGCUCCUCCACCGAUAGCUGCUCCAGGAGAGUCUUCCUUAUUAGCAAUCUCGAGGUACGCCGCACAAGGAAUACUUGCGCCUUUCUGCGAACAAGUAAAACAAUCAACAAUCAUGCUCGAACCGCCUCCUAUCUCUGUUCUUCUUCCUCUGUGAUUACUGCUGCAAUGGCCACUGAGGCUUCUGCAAAGGUUAUUGAUGGAAAAUCAGUUGCCAAAGAAAUCAGAGAGGAAAUAGCUACUGAAAUAUCAAGGAUGAAGGAAUCUACAGGGGUUGUUCCUGGACUGGCUGUUAUUCUUGUUGGAGACAGGAAAGAUUCUGCAACUUACGUGCGCAACAAGAAGAAAGCCUGUGAAUCUGUAGGGAUCAAGUCGUAUGAAGUGCAAUUGGCUGAAGAUAGCUCAGAACAAGAAGUGCUGAAAUAUAUCUCAGGCUUCAAUGACGACCCUUCAGUUAAUGGUAUCCUCGUUCAGUUACCUCUACCUUCUCAUUUGGAUGAGGCCAAAAUUCUGAAUGUCAUAAGCCUCGAGAAAGAUGUUGAUGGUUUCCAUCCUUUGAACAUUGGGAAUUUGGCCAUGCAAGGCAUGGAGCCAUUAUUCGUUCCUUGUACCCCAAAAGGAUGCAUCGAGUUGCUUCUGCAGUCUGGUGUUGAGAUCAUGGGGAAGAAGGCUGUGGUGAUUGGUAGGAGUAACAUUGUCGGAAUGCCAGCUGCUCUCCUAUUGCAAAGGGAAGACGCUACUGUUACUGUUGUUCACUCGAGAACAAAAAAUCCUGAGGAACUAACCAGAGAAGCAGAUAUAAUAAUCUCUGCCGUUGGGCAGCCAAACAUGGUGAAAGGUAGCUGGAUCAAGCCUGGCUCUGUUGUCAUUGAUGUUGGAAUCAAUCCUGUUGAGGAUGCGAAAAGCCCUCGAGGUUAUCGCCUUGUUGGAGAUGUUUGUUAUGAGGAGGCUAGUAAGAUUGCUUCAGCUAUCACCCCUGUUCCUGGGGGAGUUGGGCCUAUGACCAUAGCGAUGCUCCUCUCUAAUACUCUUGCUGCAGCGAAGCGAACCAACAAUUUCAAAUGACAUCUUCCAAGCCAGUGUAGUGAGGUCAAUCAGCAAUAAUUAAAGUAUAGUGCUUCACCUUUAACAUCCAUCCUUGGUUAAAAUCACCGCGAGCUUCUCCUGUUUUAUUGUUGAGCUGUAACAGUUACCAAAGUCAUUCUGCUCAAAGUGGAAUUAGUACCGUCUUCAAGAUCUAGUGUUUGGCUUUCAUGGUAAGAUAAAUGAAGGCUGGCAUGUGGAUGAGUUAAUUUUGGAACUCAUGGGCUAGUUUUACCAUGUUUAGAAACAUAAAUUGGAAAUGAUGUUGCCGUUGAGAUAAUUCCCAUGGACUUACGAUUCCUGGAGCUUUGACGCAAGAUGCGUUCAUGCAGUGAUAAACCUUUUUGGUCAUGGUGAAGUUUGGCAGUGAAGUUAUAGUUUAACCCUUGAACUCUAAUGCUACAUGCAUUACUAAGCGCUCAAUUCCUGAUGAGAUGCUUCUUUGGCCAACAAAUUAUGGUGUAUUAGUAUUUUUAAAUUUUAAGUUUGAUAUUGUUGGCCGCAUUUCAUCACCUUGCAUGUUGUCCAUUAUAUUCAGUUAAAAAAAUUGGAUGAUGGUAA